AUGUUCCAGCCAAACAUGUUCGACAGCCCGCACAUAUUCGAGAUGACCUCCAAGGCGUUCGAGGCCGAGAUGGGGAAGUCGAGGGACUUGCUGGACGAAUACGACACCAAGUCCGGCACCGACACCAUGGGCGGCGGAGCCGAUCCCUCGGGGGACGAGGACCUAGACGGCAGCCCGUCGCAGCCGCCCAACAAGAAGAAGAAGCGCUACCACCGCCACACUCAGCGCCAGAUCACAGAGAUGGAAGCUUUUUUUAAGGAGUGUCCACAUCCGGACGACAAGCAGAGGAAAGAGCUGAGCCGGGAGCUAGGGUUGGAGCCGUUGCAAGUCAAGUUUUGGUUCCAAAACAAGCGCACUCAAAUGAAGGCUCAGCACGAGCGCCACGAGAACUCGAUCCUGAAAUCGGAAAACGACAAGCUACGAGCCGAGAACAACAGGUACAAGGAAGCCCUGAGCAACGCCUCCUGCCCCAACUGUGGCGGGCCCGCCGCCCUCGGCGAGAUGUCGUUCGACGAGCAGCACCUCAGGAUCGAGAAUGCCCGCUUAAGAGAGGAGAUCGAUAGGAUCUCGGCGAUUGCAGCCAAGUACGUCGGCAAGCCGAUGAACUCCUUCUCGUCCUCCCAUCUCUCCCCGCAUUUGCCCUCUCGGUCGUCGAUCGACUUCGGCGGCGGGCAGCCGGGUGGCUUCGUGGGUGAAAUGUACGGGGCGGCGGCGGUGGCCUCGGACCUGUUGAGGUCGGUGGCGGGCCCGACGGAGGCCGACAAGCCGAUGAUCGUCGAGCUGGCGGUUGCGGCGAUGGAGGAGCUUGUGAGGAUGGCUCAGGCAGGGGAACCCUUGUGGGUCCCCGCGGCGGCGGCGACGGGUGGUGAUCAUCAUCUUCUUCAUCAUCAGGGGAGUAGUGGUGUUGGCGAGAUGCUGAACGAGGAGGAGUAUUUGAGGACUUUCCCGAGAGGGAUCGGGCCGAAGCCGUUGGGGCUGCGGUCGGAGGCUUCGAGGGAAUCGGCGGUUGUGAUUAUGAAUCAUGUGAAUCUGGUCGAGAUCUUGAUGGAUGUGAACCAAUGGUCGAGUGUGUUCUGCGGGAUUGUGUCUCGAGCGAUGACUUUGGAGGUGCUAUCGACUGGUGUUGCUGGGAACUACAAUGGCGCCUUGCAAGUGAUGACAGCUGAGUUCCAAGUCCCAUCGCCAUUAGUCCCGACGAGGGAGAAUUACUUCGUAAGAUACUGUAAGCAGCAGAGCGACGGCACAUGGGCUGUGGUCGACGUCUCAUUGGACAGCCUGCGGCCCAGCCCACUUUCCAAGAACAGAAGAAGGCCUUCCGGUUGUCUAAUCCAAGAACUACCAAACGGUUACUCCAAGGUGAUGUGGGUUGAGCACAUUGAAGUCGACGACUCGUCGGUUCACAACAUCUACAGACCGCUGGUUCACUCCGGUCUGGCCUUCGGGGCCAAAAGAUGGGUCGCUACGCUGGACCGACAGUGCGAGCGGCUGGCCAGCUCCAUGGCCGUGAACAUUCCGGCCGGCGACCUCUGCGUAAUGACCGGGCCGGAAGGGAGGAAGAGCAUGCUGAAGCUGGCGGAGAGAAUGGUGAUGAGCUUCUGCACCGGCGUCGGCGCCUCCACCGCCCACGCAUGGACGACGUUGUCCCCCUCCGGCACCGACGACGUCCGCGUCAUGACGAGGAAGAGCAUGGACGACCCCGGGAGACCGCCGGGGAUAGUCCUCAGCGCCGCCACUUCUUUCUGGAUAUCUGUCCCUCCCAAGAGGGUUUUCGAUUUCCUCAGGGACGAGAACCACCGCAGCGAGUGGGAUAUACUCUCCAAUGGCGGCCAAGUUCAAGAAAUUGCUCACAUCGCCAACGGACGCGAUCCGGGGAACAGCGUCUCGUUGCUUCGAGUGAACAGUACGAAUUCCAGCCAGAGCAACAUGCUGAUACUGCAAGAGAGCAGCGUCGACGCGACGGGAUCCUACGUCAUCUACGCCCCCGUCGACAUCGCCGCCAUGAACAUCGUGCUCAGCGGCGGGGACCCGGAUUACGUGGCGCUCCUCCCCUCGGGCUUUGCGAUUCUCCCCGACGGGCCCACGGCGGCGGCGUCGGCGUUCAACCCUAAUGAAGGGAUCGUCGACGACGUGGGUUCCGGCGGGACGCUACUCACCGUGGCGUUUCAGAUACUGGUGGAUUCGGUCCCCACGGCGAAGCUCUCGCUUGGUUCCGUGGCUACGGUGAACAGUCUGAUCAAGUGCACGGUGGAAAGGAUCAAGGAGGCCGUCGUCGCUGGGAAAACUACUGCACAAAAUUAG